AUGGCGUUUGACAUGCAGCAGAAGGUUUUCCGCAUCCCGAGCAACAUCGCGGUGUCGACGGGGCUGCGGUGGGACUUCAUCGGCGCUGACCCCGUCGAUCUCGACCUCAGCGCCGUGUGCUUCACGAGUGAGGGGAUGUUUCUGGACUGUGUCUUCUUCAACCACCCUUUUCCCGCUGACACUGACGAGGACGCGCUGCGAAGCUCUGGCGUGCUCGUGGACCCACAGCAGCUUCCCUACAUGUUUGUGAGCGGAGACAGCAGGAUCGGCGGGGAGGAGGAGAACCAACUCCCCGGUCUCGCCCUUGCCGCCAAGCGCCGGGAGUACCAACUGCGCAGCAGCAGCACGGACAGCAAGAAGAAUGAGGUGCAGCGCAUGGGUAUCAUGGAUGAGCUCUUCUCCCGCCUGUACGAAGAGGCGGAGCUGGACGAGGUGGAGGAGGUCCUCGGCGAGGACCACCGCGCCUCGCGCCGACGGAAGCGUCGCGAGUUCUGCGACGAGUCCGUGACGUUUGUGAUGCACAAGAUACCCUCGGAGGUCUCAGUCAUCUUUCUCGUCGUCACAAGCUACACCGGCGCCGACUUCACCACCCUGCCAGGGGUGAAGUUGGAGGUGGUCAACGAGACCACCAACGAGCGGGUGGGGGAGAUUGACCUCAAGCACUCCACCGGAGACGGCACUGCCAGUCUUGCCUGCAUGCUGUGCCGUCUCCCACUUCUCACUGACAACCCUGCGGAGCCGCAGCUGUGGGACCUGCGUGAACUCAACGUGCGCACGUUUGGUUACACAUUUGUAGACGUGCUGCCCGUCAUGCUGGACGUCCUCAACGUCGAGCACAAUUCCCGCGGUGACGCGGUGAAACGGCUGCCUGACUACCCGCUCACCAAGGAUGAUUUCCAGCACACGGAGCAGCCCCUCUCAGAUGUGCGCUUCGGUGUUGGCUGGUACGGCGAACACGACCUCGACGCGUUCAUGGUGAUGCUGGAUGAAAACAACGACUACCUCGACCAUCUUCACCCAAAGCAGGCGAAGCUGCAUUCCGUUCACCCGCACGUCGCACGUCACUCUGGGGACAGCCUCAACGGGUUUGGAACAACCGGGGAUGAGGAGUUUAUUGACCUAAUGAUGUACCGCAUGCCGUCCGAGGUGCACACGAUUCUCUUUGGCGCCACCUACGUGGAGAGCUUUGGCAGGUCUGCAGGAGCCCUGAAGAGUAUCUUCGAUGUCCCAAAGCUCUACCUGCGACUACAGAACCGCACGGCGGAGCGGCCCAACUCGUCUGAGGUGGAUCGGUGGAACAUCCACUAUGAGGCAGAGGAGGAACAUGCAUGGAAGAAGGGGCAGAAGGCGAAUAAAGGCGAGGAGGGGCCACGGGGCUCCAUCUGCCGUACCUACACGGGGCCCGAUGGAAAGAUGUACCCUGUGCGUAUGGUUCUGCUGGGGGCCAUGAUCAAAAAGGGCGAGGUUCCCUUUUACGCCAUGUAUCCACGUGGCCGCCUUGAUCAACAGCAGUUUCAGCAGAACCAUGCUGAUCAUCAUGGGCUGAGCGAGCCAGAGGAAAAUGUUCCACUGUUUGAAUACCUCCCUCUGCACGAGUACACCCCUGUUAGUACGGUGGAUUUCUUUUCUUCGCUGAUGCCCUUUCUCUAUGGCAUUGCCCGGUAUCGCUGCAACACUGGAGGCAGCGGCACAAUGUUGGGAGGAGCGAUGCACCCACCUCACGCACCCAGCGUAAUGGAUGAAGUUACGAGCUGGCACUUUGCCUCCUUUCCCGCCCGUUCCUCCCCGUUGCUGUGGGAGGAAAUGAAGGCGUCGGGUUCAAUAUUGACAUAUUAUGGCCUUCAGCUGCAGUUCGUGGAGGUGCGCAACCUGCGACCGGCGCUUCCCCACCGCUUCAAAUGUCACGGGGAGGCGUGGGUCUGUGGAGGCAUGCCAUCGGGCAAGCGGCCCAUAACACCGCACGAGUCGCCCCCGUUCCGCACACCGUACCUCAUUCACCGCGACAAAACACGGUGGAAUGAAAAGAGCCCGGCAACGUCGGCGCUCUUUUUUGUUCGCAAGUUUGAUCGCAUCCGUGUGCUCGUCUACGAGUACGCCACGUUGGGCUCCGUGGAGCUUGACCUGCUGCAGUUCGACGAGCUCUGGAGGCCGACGCCGCAGCCCACGAGCCAGGGCUUCAAGGGGGCAUUCAACUGUGUCGAGCAGUGGUUCCCACUGACGGGUGGGAGUUUAACGGACGGGGAAAUCCGUCUGCGGCUUUUUCGGGUGCCGGACAAGGUCGUGCUGGAGGUGCGCAAACGGAUGAGCGCGGAAGCCAACAAGAGGCGGCGGCGGCUGGUGCAGCAGCGCGCGGAGCGAAGGGAAGACGCCGCUAGAAAGCGCUACGCAACCGCGUGUCACAUCAUGUAG